AUGUGCUUAGCAUACUGCAGGGCAGGUGCUGAAAAUCUUCUGUGGAAACUCCACAAGGAUUACGAACUGCACCCCGAAGUCUCCAUCAGCAAAGGGUUCAAGAUUGCUGAAUUUGAUUGCGGCACAGGGGUAUGGCUCAUCGACCUUGCGAGUCAUCAUCCACCUCGGGGCUGGUGGCCAGAGAAUAUGACUCUCAACGUUGUCGACGAUGCAAGGAUUGAUCUCCCAUUUUCGCUCUUGGGACAGUAUGAUGAGGUGCAUCUCCGAAUUUUGACGAGCAAUUUACACGGAGGGAAGGCAGAUACUGGAGGUGGAAGUCCACUGCGCUUGCUUAUUGAGGCUGCCAUGGAAAUACGUGGUUGCCGUUUUGGGUAUUGGUGCCCCGUGAUGGAGUUAUCUCUGACCGCUGCUCUACAACACAACCUACCGUGA